AUGCCAUGAAGACGGGUGUGGCAAGGCUUUUGCUGCCAGCCAUCAUCUGAAGUCACACAAUCGAAUUCACACAGGUGACAAGCCCUAUGAGUGUAGACAAGGCGGCUGCUGCAAGGCGUUUACUUCAGUCUAUGGGUUGAAGGCACACGUGUCUAGGCAUGAGAAGGACUCUGAUAAAGAGAAAG